UGUGUUUCCUUGUGAUGGUGGCUUAUAGAUGUGCAUGGCUGGGAACAACCUUCCUAACCAACUCAUGCACUUGUAUAAUGGCCUUUAGAAGAUAAAACAAAUUCCAAAUUCUUGGUGUUUGCAUUUAGAGUACUUUGUGUUAAUGGGCGAGAGGUGCAGCACACGUGAACUUCUUUCCUUGUUUCUCAGCAGCCACAAAGGCUGUUGAUAUUAUAGGUGUCUUCAGAUUUUCCACGCAGGGAUAUACCUUUUUAUUCAUGGCUGUGUAUAAAAGCAGUUGCAGAAAGUCUAGUAAUCAUACUCACUGAAGAUCGAUUAACUGCCUCUUCAAGAAGCUCCAAACUCUCCGACGCUAUAAGAAGACAUGAAGGCUCUCAUCAUUGUGACUGUGCUUGUCAUGGCAACCUCUGCCAUUGCAGUCCCCCUCUCCCGACAAGCCAAAGCUCGACCUCUCCUCGCCGUCAUUCAGGACAAUGUUGAAAUGGAAGGAUGGCUUGGAGAUGCUGUUGUGAAGUAUGGUCCAACUGUUCUCAAGACUGGUCUUGCCGCUCUAGGUAGUGCAUUAUUGUGGGAUGAAAAACUUGACAGAGAAGUUGCUUCCGUACAAAAGAAAGCAGAAAUAGACGAAGCUGAAAUAGAUGAAGCUGAAAUGGAAGGAUUGUUGAGUGAUAUUGGAGGCGCUGUUGGGAAGUAUGGUCCAACUGUUCUCAAGUUUCUAGGUGGUGCGGGUUUGUGGGAUGAAGAACUCGAGAGAGAGUCUGCUGCCGUGCAAGGGAAGAACAAAUUUAGGAAAUUUGCGUUGGAUGUUCUUAUUGAGUGCGGACAGAGGAUUUACAAGCAUAAAAAAGACGAAGAAAGGUGUAAUAGACUGCGCCAACAGACGGAAAAUUUGCGUAAGAAAUAUUCUUUUGACGAUACUCCUAAAUGGCUAGAUGACAUUACUAACAGCAAGAAUAAUGAGUACAUUGUUUGAUGACUGUGCUAAUAGUGUACGUAUGUAUUAGAAUGAUUCUGUAGAUUCUAGAAAUGUACGAUAUAAUUAGUUGGGUUAUGAUUGCUUUGAGCAAUAUUUGAUCUGAAAUUGGAUUCAUUUCUUGGAAAUAGUAUAUCUAAACCACUUUCAUGGACAUCUCUUGUGCAGUACAUUAUACCAUCCCUUGUGUGUAGUAGCAGCUGCCUGUAUUGCAUGUUGU